AUGGAUGGAGAAAUUCCCAAGUCUGAUGACAUAUUUCUCUUGCAAUUAAAACUCCCCUUUCUCUGCUAUCUGCAGUCAUCUGUCCUCCUCUCCAGUGACUUUUCUGGUCUGCAUUUCCAAUCCAAAUUACCGUUGCAUGAGGGUGUGUUAGAUAUAAAUCCAUUCAUGAGCCAUCACCUAAUAGAAUGGCAGGCUGAAGCCUAUGCUACAAAAGUUUUGGAUCCAGCGUUCCAGGGAGUUGGUCAAAAAGUAGGGACUGAAAUAUGGAGGAUUGAGAAUUUUCAACCAGUUCCAUUGCCCAGAUCUGAAUAUGGGAAAUUCUACAUGGGAGAUUCUUACAUCAUCUUGCAGACAACACAAGGCAAAGGAGGGGCUUAUUUUUAUGAUAUUCACUUCUGGAUUGGAAAGGACACAAGUCAGGAUGAAGCUGGAACAGCAGCCAUUAAAACUGUUGAACUUGAUGCGUCUCUUGGAGGGCGUGCAGUGCAACACAGGGAAAUUCAAGGGCAUGAAUCUGACAAGUUCUUGUCAUAUUUUAAGCCAUGUAUAAUACCAUUAGAGGGGGGUAUCGCAUCUGGAUUUAAAAAACCUGAAGAAGAGGAGUUUGAAACGCGUUUGUAUGUAUGCAGAGGAAAACGAGUUGUCAGAAUAAAACAGGUCCCUUUCGCACGGUCUUCGCUGAAUCAUGAUGAUGUGUUCAUCCUAGACACUCAGAAUAAGAUUUAUCAAUUCAAUGGUGCUAACUCCAAUAUCCAGGAAAGAGCCAAGGCUCUGGAAGUUAUUCAGUUGUUGAAGGAAAAGUAUCAUGAGGGCAAAUGCGAUGUUGCAAUUGUAGAUGAUGGCAAGCUAGAUACUGAGUCAGACUCAGGUGAAUUUUGGGUUCUAUUUGGUGGUUUUGCGCCCAUUGGGAAGAAGGUAAUUGGUGAGGAUGAUAUUGUUCCAGAGACCAUUCCUGCCCAACUUUAUAGUAUUGCUGACGGCGAGGUCAAGCCUGUGGAAGGGGAACUUUCAAAAUCACUGUUGGAGAACUACAAAUGCUAUCUAUUGGACUGUGGUGCUGAGGUAUUUGUCUGGGUUGGCCGGGUAACACAAGUUGAAGAAAGAAAAGCAGCAUGUCAAACAGCUGAGGAGUUUAUCGCAAGUCAAAAAAGGCCAAAAUCUACAAGGAUUACCAGAAUUAUUCAAGGUUAUGAAACACAUUCAUUUAAGUCCAAUUUUGAUUCUUGGCCAUCAGGGUCUGCUACUACCAGUUCUGAUGAAGGAAGAGGAAAAGUUGCAGCUUUGCUGAAGCAACAAGGUAUGGGUGUGAAAGGGGCGGCAAAAAGCACCCCAGUUGUGGAGGAAAUUCCACCUUUGCUUGAAGGAGGUGGAAAGAUGGAGGUAUGGCAAAUCAAUGGAAGUGCUAAGACUCCAUUACCUAAGGAGGAUAUCGGCAAAUUUUACAGUGGAGAUUGUUACAUAGUACUGUACACUUAUCACUCUAGCGAGAGGAAGGAAGACUACUACUUGUGCAGUUGGUUUGGAAAAGACAGCAUUGAGGAGGACCAAAGGAUGGCUACUCGAUUGGCUAAUACAAUGUUCAACUCAUUAAAGGGCAGACCUGUUCAGGGUCGCAUAUUUGAUGGUAAAGAGCCUCCUCAGUUUAUUGCUCUUUUCCAACCAAUGGUGGUCCUCAAGGGAGGCUUGAGCUCUGGGUACAAAAAAAUUAUAGCAGAAAAAGGCUUGCCAGAUGAGACAUACACAGCAGAAAGUAUUGCACUUAUUCGAAUUUCGGGAACAUCCGCUCAUAAUAAUAAAGUGGUCCAAGUAGAUGCAGUUGCGGCAUCUUUGAAUUCUACCGAGUGUUUUGUUUUGCAAUCUGGCUCAGCUGUUUUUACUUGGCAUGGGAAUCAAUGUUCCCUUGAGCAGCAGCAGCUUGCAGCAAAAGUUACUGAGUUUUUAAAGCCAGGAGUUUCUCUAAAGCUUGCUAAAGAAGGAACAGAAACCUCAGCUUUCUGGUUUGCAGUUGGGGGGAAACAAAGUUACAGCAGCAAAAAAGUCACCAAUGAUAUUGUCCGAGACGCACAUUUGUUCACUUUCUCUUUCAACAGAGGAAAGUUACAGGUAGAGGAGGUUUACAACUUUUCCCAAGAUGAUUUGUUAACAGAGGAUAUCCUCAUACUUGACACCCACGCCGAAGUUUUUGUUUGGAUUGGUCAGUGUGUGGAUCCAAAAGAAAAGCAAAAUGCUUUUGAAAUUGCCCAGAAAUACAUAGAUAAGGCUGCAUCUCUGGAUGGACUAUCUCCUCAAGUUCCACUAUAUAAAGUAACUGAAGGGAAUGAACCGUGCUUUUUCACCACAUACUUUUCUUGGGAUUAUGCAAAAGCUAUGGUUUCAGGGAACUCAUUCCAGAAAAAGGUGACAUUACUCUUUGGGAUUGGCCAUGCUGUAGAGGAAAAGUCUAAUGGGUCAAGUCAAGGGGGACCAAGACAAAGAGCAGAAGCUUUGGCUGCCUUAAAUAGUGCAUUCAAAUCAUCUCCUGAGGCAGCGUCUAGUGCGGAUAAGUUAAAUGGGUUAAAUCAAGGAGGACCAAGACAAAGGGCUGAAGCCUUAGCAGCCUUAAACUCUGCAUUUAAUUCAUCGUCUGGAGCCAAAGUCUAUAUACCUAGGUUAUCUGGAAGAAGUCAAGGAUCACAAAGAGCAGCAGCAGUAGCUGCUCUUUCUUCAGUUCUUACUGCUGAAAAGAAGAGAACUUCACCUGAAACUUCUCCUGUGGCAAGCAGUAGUCCUGUGGUGGAAAAUAGCAACUUUGGUGAGAAACAUAGCUCAAUUCCGGAUACCAAAAAUGAGAGUGCCCCUUCUGAAACUGAUGUUGUUGAAGAAGUUGCUGCUGAAGUCAAGGAGACUGAAGAACUUGCCCCUAAAACUGGCACAAAUGGGGAUUCAGAACCAAAACAAGAAAAAGUGGAGGAUGGAGGAAAUGUCAAUGAAAAUAAUCAAAAUGUCUUCAGUUAUGAGCAACUAAAGACUAAAUCUGGUAGUGUUGUGUCUGGGAUUGAUCUUAAACGGAGGGAGGCGUAUCUGUCAGACAAAGAGUUUGAAACUGUAUUUGGAAUGAGCAAAGAGGCAUUCACAAAGUUGCCAAGAUGGAAGCAAGACAUGCUGAAAAGGAAAGUGGAUCUGUUCUAG